AUGGGUUCCGGAAAGAAGGAGGCCACUCGUAAAGAGCGGCAGGGGAAGACCGGCGAUGGAAUGGGCAAUGUCCGGACCAAAGGUGAAAACUUCUACCGCGAUGCCAAGAAGUUGAAAACCUUGAACAUGUUCAAGGAGGGCAAAGCCCAACGUGAUUCCGCCGGCAAUAUCACCAAGGCUGCUUCUUACCAGUCUCGCGAGACCCCGACUGCUCGUAUCGAGCCCAACCGGAAAUGGUUUGGCAACACCCGAGUCAUUUCGCAGGAGGCCCUGACCUCGUUCCGUGAGGCCGUUGCCGAGCGUGCCUCGGACCCAUACCAAGUGCUGCUCAAGACCAACAAGCUCCCCAUGAGCUUGAUCCGAGACGGUGAAGGCGCCAAUGGGUUAAAGCAACAUCAAGCCAAGAUGGCGAUUGAAACUGCUCCGUACGGCGAUACGUUUGGCCCUAAGGCGCAGCGCAAGCGCGUCAAGAUGGGUGUGACGUCUUUGGAGGAUCUUGCUGGUGAAACCGCCAAGAUGCAAGACUCGUAUCUCGAGAAGCUUGACCAGGGAACGCACGCGGAUGGAACUGCGAUCGUCUCUGGUGAUGAUGUUGCCACGGAGGAUACCACUCACACCACCGCUCGAGAAUCAGUCUUCUCCAAGGGUCAAAGCAAGCGGAUCUGGAACGAGCUCUACAAAGUCAUCGACUCCUCGGAUGUGGUAAUUCAUGUCCUAGAUGCUCGUGACCCCGAGGGCACCCGCUGCAGGAGUAUUGAGAAAUACAUACGCGAGGAAGCGCCGCACAAACACUUGAUCUUCGUCCUGAACAAGUGCGAUCUUGUGCCCACUGGUGUUGCUGCCGCCUGGGUUCGCAAUCUCUCCAAAGAUUACCCCACUCUUGCAUUCCACGCCUCUAUCAACAACUCCUUUGGCAAAGGUUCUUUAAUUCAGCUUCUUCGUCAGUUCUCUUCUUUGCACUCGGACCGUAAGCAGGUCUCGGUGGGUUUGAUUGGGUACCCCAACUCUGGCAAGUCGUCCAUCAUCAACACCCUUCGAAAGAAGAAGGUCUGCACCGUGGCCCCCAUCCCAGGUGAAACCAAGGUGUGGCAAUAUGUCACCUUGAUGAAGAGGAUUUACCUCAUCGACUGUCCCGGUGUGGUACCUCCUAGCCAGCACGAUACUGAGGAGGAUAUUCUCCUUCGCGGUGUUUGUCGAGUGGAGAAUGUCGAGAACCCUGAGCAAUACAUUCCUGCUGUGCUCCGUCGUGUUCAGCCCCGCCACCUUGAGCGUACCUAUGGCGUGAAGAACACCACUGACUCAUUUGAGUUUUUGAGCAUUCUUGCCCGCAAGGGCGGUAAACUGCUGAAGGGUGGGGAGCCCGAUCUGGACGGCGUUGCCAAAAUGGUCAUCAACGACUUCCUCCGCGGCAAGAUACCCUGGUUCACUCCGCCUCCCAAAGGCUCUGGCGGGGACGAUGAAAAGAUUGACGGCCGUGAAGGCCGACUUGGAGAAAUGGGACGCAAGCGGAAGCUGGAAGAGACGACCUCUGAAGCUGCGGAUGAGGAGCCCGAAUCCUCGGACUCCCAAUCUGGUAAAGAGGAGUUCGAAGGUUUCGGCGAUGAUGACGAUGACGAUGACAACGACUCGAUCGCCAAUUUGGAAAUAAGCGACGAGGAGAGUGGUGAAGAAAACGACUGA